UAAAUUGGGGGAACGUCAGAUGAAAUUGCAGUGUAUACCGUAUAAUUAGUCCGACCUGUAGCUGUGCGUCAACCAAAUAUUCCAGCCUUUGUCAGAAGUCCCAUUUUGGAGGAUAUACCAAAAUGACACUAGGAAUCAUCUUAAGAUUACUAAUUCCAACUUUAGGGAUUCUCCUUGCUUGGAAUAUCAACCAUGUGUAUGCAGCGGAAUGCGAAGGUCACGAUCUAUAUGUUCCGUAUCCAUUCCCUGGUAAUCAAGAAAAGUACCAAGUAUGCUUCAGUGAGACCGGCGAUUUUAAGGACUAUGAUUGUCCACCAUAUCUUAUUUUUAACGGGAGAACAAAGAGCUGUACUGUUUAUUUAGGCAAUCUACUCAAAUGCACCAGUGUAGGUGAGAAUAUUGAAAAUCCCCAUGCUGUUGAGUGCGAAGAUUAUUUUACAUGUGGAAUUGACAUGAUCCCAUCCCCCCGACCGUGUGGUUCCAGUGAAUACUUCAACCCCCUUGUGCAAAGUUGUGUUCCCAAGGCUGAUUAUAACUGCAAGGACGAUAUUCCUGACUGUUCUAAGCCGGAAUUCCGGAAUAGAAUGUGGGUAAACAAAGAAAGUUGUGAAUCCUUCUACGAAUGCAGCGGAAAUAUCCUUGUAAGCCGAAAAUGUCCCAGUAAAAUGUUCUUCAAUGCACACACUCAAUCUUGCAUGCAUAACGUCGGUAAUGAGUGCAAAGUUCCUGAUUACAACUCCGAUUUACUAGUGAAACUUGACACUAUGUGCAAAGGAAAUGUUGGAAAAUUUCUUCCGGAUCCCUACUACUGUAAAGCUUACUACUAUUGUAUCGACGAAUCAACCCCUUACUGGCAAUAUUGUAACAACGAUAGAUAUUUUUCGAAUGGAUCGUGCAGUAUAACAAGGCCUAGCAGCUGCAUUUGCGAAGAUCUAACGUGGGAAGACUCUGACCCAGAUUCAGUGAAUGUUCCACAUCCUGAUAAUACAAAAUAUUACGUGUGCAGAGAAAGAAGACAACCCGAGGAGAAGACGUGUCCCGCGGGCACCACCUACAAUGUAACAAAAAAAAUGUGUUCCAUGUAAUUCAGAAAAUAUAUCAAACAACCUGCAUUAAGCACCACCCUAUCCAUUGAAAAUAAAUUGGAAAAUUUUAUUGUUUGUC